AUGCUGAUAUCUGGAUUCCAGGUUACUGCAAUUGGACCACCAACUGUCCCUCCUAAUUCAUGCAAAGCUGGUACAGGGCUUUUCCUUUUCUAUAACGCAAGUUUAUACAGCAAUGAGGGCUGGUUAGCUGCUCAUUCGAGACUUUCUACUUCUGACAGGCUUGAGAAGUUUGGGGUGCAUGUUGAUUCUAUUUGCAGCCUUUGUAGUCAGGAGUUAGAAAAUAUCGAUCAUUUGUUUUUCAAAUGUGAUUAUGCUGCUGCGGUUUGGAGUGGGAAUUCUGUGAAGCAUCAUGUCUACAGAAUAGCUCUUGUUGUCACUUUGUAUAUGAUAUGGAAAGAGAGGAAUGCUAGAAUAUUUAAGAGUUGUAAACUUGAUGCCCAUGUUGUUUUUAGAGAGGUGCAACUCCUAUGCAAUCUUAACAACACUGACAGUUUUGCUCCACCAAAAAUUUCAACAUAUAAGGUUAGUAAUAUUCUUUUUUUUUUGAAAGAAAGAGAUUUCAAUAACGAAGAAUUUAAUUGGGGUUUGAAGUUCAUAACGAGGUACAACGACCAACGACAUACGGUAAAUUCUUAA